UCAGAUCCAAGUGGUGCAUCAAAUAUGGCGUCCACCAUGGCGUCGAAAACAUGCUCCUUCGUCUCGCGGUGGAAGCAUUUGUUACGACAGCCGGCUACUAACGCAAAGUCUUGGACACAUCAUGCUAGAAGAACAUGUGCAAACACAAGCGCCGCCGAUCCUUACAAGUGUUCCGAUAACAUAGACAUCGAGGCCUUGUUCAUCAGUCCGAAAGUGCAGAACUUUCUCCAAAAGCUCGCGGGUUUUGACCUCGACAAUAUCUUCGCUCCGAUCCCCGUGCCUUUAAACACGCCGCGCUACAAGUUCCUUACAGAUGAACAACUUGAACAGGAACUACAAGACUCCCGCCGUCGGGCCCAGCAAAAACUGCAGAUGCCACCAGUGCUUCGAGAACGCAAGCCAUGUGAGAAAGUGCUCGCUAAGGAUCCAGAAAUUCAAGGCUUCACCGAUAGCACACACAUCUUCACGGACAUUUCUUAUGGCUACAAAGAUCGGGAGCGCCUUAUUGUCAUACGAGAACCCAAUGGCGUACUCCGUACUGCCAACUGGGAGGAGAGGGAACGCAUGCUGCAGACCUACUUCACUAACAAGGACAAGUCCUUCUACAUGCCCAAGAUGUUUGAGCCAAGUUACUUACAGGUGACUGUUCAAAUUCAUUUAAAAGCUGUCCACAUUUAUUCAUACUGA